CGUUGUUCGCUUGCGAAUCGGUCGUUUGUGGUUUCGAGCUUUUCCCGUGUGUGCACUGUUGCUACUGCUGCGGGUCUGAACAAUUCCGGUAUUCCGGUUUUCCGUAGCCGAUUACGGGCUUGUGAUAUAGCUCAGUUGGCAAGUCUGUUGUCUCCUGAGCCGAUGUCCGCGAGUUCGAGCCCAAGAGUAAAUAUCGAACACAGUUGUACCGGAUAAGUUUUUCAAUAACGAUCCGCCAACUGCAACGUUGAUAAAGUCGCGAAUGCCAUAAAGAUGGUAAAACGACUAUAAUCGAAACAAAAAAAAAAAAAAAAAAAAGUAGCCGAUUACCCAUCGCAGUAGGUUCUCCUCCGGUGGGAAUUAUCGUUGUUGUUGCAAUGCAUCUUCGACGCAUCUUCGCGUAGCGUGAUAAGGAAGAAGAUUGCACCUUGUGCCUCCCCUCGAAAGAGUGCAGUGCUGUGUGCAAGUGAAAAGAAGGGCUAGGGGUGUGGAAAACCUGCUCUUCGAUUCCGUAGUAGGUCGCGGUCGCGGUCGCGGUGUAAAACUGUGUCUUGCUUAUUUUUUACCUUGGCGAUCUUCGUUUCCCAAGAAAUGACCGUGCCAUACAAAAGUGGACUCGUUGUAGGUCUCUUGCUCCCGGUUAUCGCCUCGUCGUGGAAGGAGGACAACCUGGUUCCCUGAUAAGUGUGUGCCGCUGGAAAAAGCGAGGGUGUAUAGGCAAGAACUGCAGCAAGUGUACCUCGAUUAGCCUCUCAUGGAUCAUCACCAUCAUCAGCAACAACACUUGGAGUAGAUAAACAAACAAACAAACAGUCGAACCUGCCAAAGCAUAGACUCAUAAACAAACUUUUUUCAGCAACAGUAGGCCGAUAUGUGCAAAGAGAAACAACAACCUCGACGGAAAACAAAAGUAGGAGGAAACUCGCGACGAGUAUAGUGGUUUAGGGAAAAAGAAAAGCUACCUAAUAAGCAUAAUCGUUUUUUUUUCGUGAGUUGCGAGUGAUUUUUUUUUGUUGGUCUGUGACUUAAGUCAGUAAGUAAGUCAGUGAGAGUUUCUCCCAAGAUUGAUGUAUGGACGCAACGUUUCGUCACUCAGUGUGUAUCAUCAUCAUCAUCAUCUUCUUGAGCAGCAACAACAGCGGAUUGUUGAGUGUAUCGUUGAACUUGUGAUUGGCGAAACUUGGUCGCUCUCGGCAGCUGAAGAUUGGCAACUUAAGUUGCGCACCAAUAAAUACUUAAAUAAACCAAGUAUCGCGUGCGAGAGAGUGACAUAAGUUAGCAGCGUGAAGCGCCCAGAGAGAAAGGUGUUGUUGUUUUGGUUUGAUUUUUUGUUAUUGAUUCUCUUCAAGACGAAGUGGGUCUGCCUGGCUGAGAGAGCUAGCGAAGAUAAUCGCGCGGCGGCCGAAAGCAAAACAACAAAAUACGAAAAUGGAUUCAACGGCCUCGCUACGGCUACAGCAGCCGCCUCACAAGCUAACCUCCAUACAGAUAAGCGCCGAAACAACGGUUUUCGCCAGCCUAGACUCGAGCCUCGCUGCGCUGGAAUUGCAACAGCAGAAAAAGCAGCAGCAACAGCAAUGGCCAAGAUUAAUGGCGGUGGGUAACGGCGGGGUGGACCUUGAGGGGGAUGGUGCUGAGGAGCUUAAUGAUGGUAGUAAUAAUGGUGGCAGCAAGAGCCUCCCUCCUGCCAUGGAGUUGCGGCUGGCUUCGGGUGCCGCCGUUAGCUCAGAAAAAGUGGUCCUCCGAGAGCAGCAACCGGAGAAAGAAGAAAGAGCCGACGCCGAAUGUGGUCUUCGGACCAAUUCGGGUGAGUUGGGCUUGGAUGGAAGCGGUCCAGAGCCAGAGUCAGCACAACAGCCUAGCGAGGCACAGCUAGUCGUGGAACCGUCGUCGUCGUUCGUCGUUGGGGCUGGAAUCGGAGCAAGUGCCGUUGUAGCGGACAACAGCAUCACGUCUUUCAGUAUCAUUCCGGAGAAAACAGGGACGACGCCACCCAUCGUUACCGAUCAGGGGUCACACGUUGUGCGCAUUCAAAUCCUACAAAGCGAUAACGGACCGUUAACCGGGAACAAUCAAACAUCCGGGUCGGCGGCAUCAGUGAUCAGUGUUUCCAAUCCGGCAAGUGUAACGGCCACCGUGGUUAAUAACAAUCAGUGCAAAUCUCGCGUUUCGAUCGUUUCUUUUGGACCUCCUCCGGACCAAGACAACUUCGGUCAAAGGUCAACUCCAUCUCCGGAUAUGGUUCAAAACCAAAGCCCCACGAGCCCAGCUGCGGCCAACAAACACGGUGGGGACCUAGUUGACACGGUCAACCAGGCCACCUACCUGUACUACAUGAUGUCCUCGGGUCAGUGCUCCCCGAGUGAUACCCUCGAUUCCGGGACCUGCAGUGACAUCGAGGUUACUCCACCUCCGCUCCCGAAAAAGAUGUCUAAAUCACCGCAACCCAAACAGCUCCCAGCUCACGCUACCCUAAUGAUAAGCCCGUCAACGCCACCGCUUCCAAGCGUUGUUGAUAAGCUUAAUCCGUCCGGAUAUCGCCAUCACCAUCAGCGUCCAACGAGCAGCAGCUACCAUACCAGUGAUAGUGACGAAUCCGAGUCCAGUCUGAGCUGUGACUCGCUCAAUUUUACGCAACUGUGCGGCAACGUCAAUUCCCUAUCGACAGCCGACAGUCUUUCGACCGCGAAUCCCCAAUCACCGGACCCUUCGAUCCCCGAAACCUCCCCAUCAACCCCUCAAAGUGACAGUGACCGUGAAAAUGUCCCGGAAUCCCCGGAACCUCCGCAAAUCAAACCGCACGCCCUUGUUUCCAUUCUCCCAUCGUCCCUACUAAAGGACAUCCGCGAACGUAGUGCCGGUCUCGUGAGUUCAAUCCGAUCAUCUCCGUCUCCACCGCGCGGCGAAGACAUCGUCACCACCCGUUCGAUCCUGAUGGAGAAGAUAAACAGUUUGAACAGUGUCCACGGCCCGAGUGGUUCCAGUGCUAGUGGAACCGGAAGUGUCUCGUCCUCCUCAAUCAAUGGCCUAGCGGCCAAACCGACCAGUUUCGAGAAUGACAAGUACUACAAGUUUCACAUCAAUGAGCACCAGCAGCCGGACCGUAACGGCUCAAAUGCUGGAAAUGGUGCUAGUGGUGCGGGUGGGGUAACAACCAAUGGAUAUGGGGGAAAUGCCCAGGUAGUGGAUGACGAUGAAAGUUUUGCCGGGCUCAAGGAUUUGCACUGUGGAACUUCGACCAUCCGCAGUAACAAGGGAACGGUGCGGGGGGUUAAGAAUCGGGUGCGGAAUGGGAUUGCAACGUUCCUGCAGAUGCAGCAGACUACGCUGAAGAACUUCAAGGAGAAAGAUGCCGGCAAGGUGGUGGUCUAUACGACCAGUAUGGGCAUCGUGCGGGAAACCUACACCAAGUGCGCCAACGUGAAGCAGAUCCUGAGGACGCUGCUGGUGAAAUUCGAGGAACGGGACGUCUUCAUGAGCAACGAGUACCAGCAGGAGAUCCGGGACCGGAUGCAGAGUGACCUGAUCAAUGUGCCGCAGGUGUUUGUCGAUGGGCAGUAUGUGGGGGACGCCGAAUGCAUCGAGCGGUUAAACGAGUGCGGCGAGUUGCGGAAAAUGCUGAAACCCUACAAAUGCCUCGAAUCUUCGUUUACGUGCAAAACCUGUGGUGGCUACCGGCUGCUUCCCUGCCCGAGCUGCGGCGGUUCCAAGAAAUCGAUCCACCGGAAUCACUUCACGGCCGAAUUUAUCGCCCUCAAGUGUAUGAACUGCGACGAAGUAGGCCUGGUCAAGUGUCACAGCUGCUGAAAAUAAAACGUCGAUCGAGGAAGGUCAUCGAAGAAGGCCAAGGUUUUAACGAUGAAGCGAGACAAUCUUAAGCCGAUGUAUGAACGAGUGCGUAUGUGUGAGUGACCGCGUGUUUUUUUUUGUAUCGGUCUGUGUAAGGUAACUGGAACAAAAUGGCGUCAGGCAAGCGAACCCUUAAUUUAAAUCAAUCAAGAUUUUUUGCGAAAAAAAUUUCAUUUUAGGUAACCUGGAGUCACCUGGAAACUUAAGAAUCAUGCGUUAGGAAACGGAAAAAAUGCGUUAUGGACUGAUUCAUGAUUGGAAUGAACCGGAGAAGACCAACAAUCGUUGCAAUACUAGUUAAAUAAGACAGCUUGAUAGCAGUAUAGUUGUGAUAAACCAAUCCGAAACCGCUAGAAUUUUUACUCAUUUUUCAUCUCCAAAGUAGCUCAAAUUACACAUUGUCUGUUUGUAUGUUUCAACGCAGCUAAAUUUUACAGAUUCAACCUUUUUUUGUCAUAGAUAACCUAAAAACUUCAAUGCCAACUUAAACACAACAAUACUUUCCGGAUCAAAACUAAGGAUUAUUUCCCUUUCGUAGAAUGUAUUAUUCGUUAUGCGUAUUCUGAUGGUCAAACUUAAACUGCUCUAGCUAAGACCUAUUAUUUAUAUUUACUCUCGAGUUUACUCUAGAUAUCGAUAUUGUAGAACAAUUUAUUUUCAUGCACUUUACUUAGUUAGUUUAGUGAAGCCUAUAGUGUAGCUUUUGUGAGUGCAUCAUCCUGAUUUUUGCGAGAGGAAUCCAUAAAAAAAAAACAAGCUAGAUAAAGAACAAAUUUAAUCGUUCCAAAUCUAAACAUUCCAUAGGUAUUUUUUUACUCGCUUUUGAAGAAACAAAGCUAUUUGAACACGAAACAGAAAAGUAUUGAAACAAAACAAAACGAUAACAAAUAAAAUGCAGAUAUUUUUGAAAUGGAGGUUCCUCUGAUAUGUUUUUUAAAUCGUAAAUUGGGAUGAAGAUAGACAUAAAUAACAAAUUGUACAUAGAAACAGCAACAGUUUUAAAACAACUUCAUACUUCUACUACAAACAAUGGUUUUUGCUCAAUAAAGGAAGAUGUGUUUAAUAAAACUGGCAGGAUAAACAAAACAGGAAAAAAAGAAAACAAUAAUCAAUAAACUGAGUUUUCAAAGAGUGCAUCAUCGUACGCUGCCCGAUACUUUCAUGAAAGCUCUGUUAAACUUUUUUUUAAAAUGAAUAAAUUGCUCGCAAUGUAAGACAAACAAAA